CGCCCGCACGCACUCACACACACACACAUUUCUGCAUCCUGUGUUUUUUUGCCCGUGCACCGGGAACCGGGCGCUUUGAGGAGCGGUGGUGGAUUAUGGUGAUGAUGAGGAGGAUGAGGAGGAUGAUGAUGAUGAUGAUGAAGCCAGAUUCUAUAACAGCGGAAUAUUGGCCUCUCCUGCGGCUGCGACUCCACUAAACCGCGUGUUUUUUUUUUAUUUUUUAUAUUUGUAUUUAUUUCAGAUGUAUUCCUGAAUUGCUUGUCCGUUACUUCUGAGCACCGAGAGCCCGCCGAGACGCACAGCCCACGUUCAAUGCCGUUGGAACAUGUCCUAUGUUCCCUUUCAAGAUGCAAGGUGUGCCGUCCCCCCCUCCUAUCAUCAUCACCAUCAUCGCUCCCAGCCUCCCCACUCCUUCCACGCUCCCUCCUACGACCGUCCCUCCUUCGACCGCCCUUCCUUCGACCGCCCCGUCUACGACCGCCCUUCCUUCGACCGUCCCUCCUACAACCGCCCCUUGCAAGAGCGACCCAUCUACGAGCGACCCUCGCAAGAGCGUCCGCCCCAGGACCGCUGGAACCCCCGUAUCCGUGUGACCCCUGGAAAUCAGUUCUACAUGUUGGACCAGGAGGAGGUUCACCCUUUGCUGAUGCGCGAGAGGCGCUCAGAGUCUCACAGGAACAAGCUGCUGCGGCGGACAGUCAGCGUUCCUGUUGAGGGACGGCCCCAUCCCGAGAUGGAUCAUCGCCCCCGGCGGAAGAGCAUAGCUACAGGGAAGCAGCCCAGCAUGGACGUCUCUCCCACUGCCCCCCUUCAACCCUUCCGACAAUCCAGUUUCCUCAGUAGAAGGUUGAAGGGCUCGAUCAAGAGGGCCAAGAGUCAGCCCAAACUGGACCGAACCAGCAGCUUCCGCCACAUGAUCCUCCCCCGCUUCCGCAGUGCCGACCAAGACAGGACCCGUUUGAUGCAGAGCUUCAAAGAGUCCCACUCCCAUGAGUCCCUGCUGUCUCCCAGCAGUGCCGCCGAGGCGCUGGACCUCACCCUGGACGAGGACGCCAUCAUCAAACCUGUCCACUCCAGCAUCCUGGGACAAGAGUACUGUUUUGAGGUGACUACGGCGUCGGGAACCAAGUGCUUUGCGUGUCGCUCAGCUGCAGAGAGAGACAAAUGGAUCGAGAACCUGCAGAGAGCUGUCAAGCCCAACAAGGACAACAGCCGGAGGGUGGACAAUGUGCUCAAACUGUGGAUCAUCGAGGCCCGCGAGCUUCCAGCCAAGAAGCGCUACUACUGCGAGCUCUGUCUGGACGACAUGCUGUACGCACGCACCACCAGCAAGCCCCGCACCGACACUGUGUUCUGGGGCGAGCACUUCGAAUUCAACAACCUGCCAGCCAUCCGCAACCUGCGCCUUCAUCUAUACAAGGAGACGGACAAAAAGAGACGCAAGGAAAAAAGCACAUACUUAGGACUGGUAAGCAUCCCCAUCUCAAGCAUCACGGGCCGUCAGUUUGUGGAGCAGUGGUACCCGGUCAUCCAGCCCAGCGUCCUCACCAAGGGAGCUGGUGCCGGGGGAGGGAAGAUCAUCAACGCAUCCCUACGCCUCAAGUCCCGCUUCCAGACCAUGAACAUCCUGCCCAUGGAGCUGUACAAGGAGUUUGCAGAGUACGUCACCAAUAACUACCGCACACUGUGUGCCGUGCUGGAGCCCGUGCUGAGUGUGAAGAGCAAAGAGGAAGUGGCCUGCGCCCUCGUGCACAUCCUGCAGAGCACAGGGAAGGCGAAGGAUUUCCUUUCAGACAUGGCGAUGUGCGAGGUGGACAGAUUCAUCGACCGAGAACACCUUAUCUUCAGAGAGAACACUCUGGCCACCAAAGCCAUAGAAGAGUACCUCAAACUGAUUGGACAUAAGUACCUCAAGGAUGCUAUAGGGGAGUUCAUAAGGGCCUUGUACGAGUCAGAGGAAAACUGCGAAGUGGAUCCCAUGAGAACCCCCCCCUCUGUGCUCCCGGACCACCAAGCCAAUCUUCGAAUGUGCUGUGAACUGGCGCUCUGCAAGAUUGUCAACUCCCAUUGCGUUUUCCCCCGAGAGCUGAAGGAAGUUUUUGCCUCGUGGAGAGUGCGCUGUGCCGAGCGCGGUCGAGAAGACAUCGCCGACCGCCUCAUCAGCGGUUCCCUCUUUCUACGCUUCCUGUGUCCCGCCAUCAUGUCCCCGUCGCUCUUCAACCUCACGCAGGAGUAUCCCGACGAGCAGACCUCACGCACGCUCACCCUCAUCGCUAAAGUAGUGCAGAACCUGGCCAACUUCUCCAAGUUCGGCAAUAAAGAGGAGUACAUGUGUUUCAUGAAUGAGUUUUUAGAGAUGGAGUGGGGCUCCAUGCAGCAGUUUCUCUUCGAGAUCUCCAACCUGGACAGUGUCAGUAAUGCCGGGGGCUUUGAGGGCUACAUCGACCUGGGCAGGGAGCUCUCCAUACUGCACAGUCUGUUGUGGGAGGUCAUUGCUCAGCUCAGCAAGGACGCCAUAAUCAAAUUGGGUCCGCUGCCGCGCCUCCUGAACGACAUCAGCAUGGCGUUGCGUAACCCUCACCUCCAGAGGCAGCCCAGCCACCAGACAGACAGGGUCCAGGAGAGACAGGUGGACAGGCUGCUGUCCCGGCCCAGCUUCAACAGGGGCAUCUCGUCCGACUUUCAAAAUCUCAUGAUGAGGGAUCUUAAUAGCUCUAUAGAUAUCACUCGCUUGCCUUCCCCUACCUCCACCGGCGGGGUGAUGCCAUCACGCUCACAGAUGAGUUUUCAGGACCGUGACCACCUUCAUCGAGCGCCCUCCAAAGACAUGUUUUACGUAUCGCGCCCCCCCCUGGCCCGGUCCAGCCCGGCCUACUGCACGAGCAGCUCGGACAUCACCGAACCCGACCCUAAGGCCUCCAUCGCCGGCAUGGGCAGCUUCGGAGGGCUGAGCAGCGGAGGCGGUGGCGGCCUGGGGUCGGGCCUGAGCAGCCAGCUGCGGGCCGGUGGGAGGUUGUCAGCUGGCUCUGGCGGCUCCAGCAUGUCCGGCGGCCUCCGGCUGAGCCAGCUGAGCCAGAUGGGCACCACCACCGACUCGCUAUCCCAGCAGCAGCAACAGCAGGCCGCCGCCAUGCGCUACCCGCUUUCCUUCCAGAAUCCCCUCUUUCACCUGGCGACUGCUGACGGGCCUCAACAGCAACAGCUCCACCACCAGCACAGCCGGGCUCAACCCCCAGCGCCCCUGCUCCUGACCCCAGAGCCGGAUCCCUCCCACCAGGCCUACAUCCCACAGUUCGCCCACGGGGGGUUCUCUCGCAGUGAGGACCUGUCCACCCUCAGGACCAGGGACGGUCACCUGGGCCAACCCAGCAUCAUCCACUCCCACAGCUACAGUGACGACUACAGCAGGGCUGAAUAUGGACGCAGGCAGAUGUCCGUGCAUGCACAGGAAAACCUCCAACAGCAGCAACACAUGAUGGGCAUGGCCUCCCAGACCGGAACCUCCCACUCCUCCCUGGCCGCCACGCCCCCCACCACAGUCCUACCUGUCCGCCAGAGUUCCAUUGCCCCGCCUCCCGCACAGCGUGUCAAAUCCCAGACUUCCCAUCAGCUGUCCGUCAGUGCAGCUGCCGCUCCCGCCGCUCCGGCCAAAACGCGGCCGCCGAGCGCGAACCUCCUCCAGUCUCCGGAGUCUGGCUACGGCGGCAGGCAGCAAGGGCCCCGGCAGCUGUCCGUCAAAGACAACACGGCCCCGGGCCUGCCCCACCAGCAGAGCUCCGUCAGGGAAAACCAGAGUCCACAGGGAACCACCGGUCAGAGCACUCAACUGUCACCACAGCAGCAGUCUCAGCAGCAGCAGCACCUUCUCAAACCCACAAUGAGCAAACAGGGCUCCCAGACUCCAUCCACCCUCAAUCCUCCAACCCCGGCCAACGAGCGGACCGUGGCCUGGGUGUCCAACAUGCCCCAUCUGUCAGCUGACAUCGAAAGUUCGCGGAUCGACCGUGAGGAUUUCAAGCUGAAGGAGUACUCAAAGAGCAUGGAUGAGUCACGCAUGGACAGGGUACGCGAGUACGAGGAUGAGAUCCACUGCCUGAAGGAGCGGCUGUCGAUGUCCCACAAAAAGCUGGAGGAGUACGAGCGGAGGCUCCUCACGCAGGAGCAGCAGACCAAUAAGAUCCUCCUGCAGUACCAGAAUCGACUGGACGACAGCGAGCGGCGGCUACGGAACCAGCAGCAGGAGAAAGACAGCCAGAUUAAAGGAAUAAUUAGCAGACUCAUGGCUGUGGAGGAUGAGAUAAGGGGAGGACCCGUGAUUGAGCCAAAAACCAGGAUUUUCCCUGAUCAGGGGAGGCGUCAGUCCAUCCUAGUGCAGCCCCGUCUCGCGCCUGUCCCACCCCGAAUAACCAGCCACUCUCAAAGCUUCAUGGUGGAGGACAAUGUGGAACCUAAUUGGCUGAUGCGCCAUCGGCAGUCCACAGGGUGGCAUGGCCAAGUGUCCAGAGCCCUCUCUCGUGACGCGAUUGGCUGACAAAGGGAGAACUUGGGGCAUUGGUCCCAGUCUCUUUGCUCAAAGGAUGGUGCAGAGCCCCAGCGGACCAUGUAAGGAAAUGCUGGGGUCCUUCUUUUUUUCUUUUUUUUUCACUUCCACUUUACCUGGGCCCUCUCUCUCUGAUUGAUUUUUUUUUUUAAAGUGUGUCUGAGCCUUGUGAUUGGAUCUACGUUUUACUUUUAAAAGGCAGGCCGGACUUGUAUUUGGCUUUCGGCGGCCUGCCGAGCAUGCAAAGAACAGCUAUGCAGUCCGAUCAGUCGGCAGAGCGGAGGAACACAAAGACCAAGGAGGGCUCGAUGCUCAAAAUGAGAGAGAGGGGAGAUGUUUUGUGGGGUAAGAUGUAUUUCAACGGUGCUUGACGUCUCUUGAAAUUUCAGUCAAAGCUGAUAUUCUUUCAAAGCAUUUAUUUCCACCUCUCUAUCUUUCUUCCUCUCUUCGUCUCUCUCUCUCUCUUUCGUAGUCUUUUCAAAUUACCCUUUGAUUCCUCUACAUCUGCUCACUCUUUAUCUAUCUAGGAUUCUCAAAGCAUUAUUUAACCACUUCCUUCUUACUCCUUUUUGAAACACACUUGACUUGUGUACUUUACUCCAUAGUUUAUAGCUCUUCCGUUUGAAUCUCUUUCAGACUUUGACUUUUAAAGGAACCUAAAUAUGCACAGCCUAAUACAACAAGUGAAACUGCUUCAGAAACAAAGCUCUGGCUUCCAGCGGAGAAACCGGACAGAAUGUUAUUAUUUAUAUUUCUAUGAUACUGCUUAUUCUUACGAUAGUGUACUAGAACAACGUCCUCAUUCAGAAACCUUCAGGAGCAGAUAUUUAUUUCUUGAUAUAGAUAGACGCCUCUAUCUAACGGAAGCUCAUGAAUAAUCCAUUUUAUAUGAACCGAGUUUUCUUACUGAGACAAUCUUGUGGAGAAGUGAACCGUUGCCCUGAUGGACUGCGACAAAAAGGGACAAACUUGUGUUUUGCCUACUCCCCUCAGCACAGUUGGCACACUGCUGUGACCUGUGCACUCCUUCCUUCCUCUUGGGUAUAAUCAUUCAAAACACAAACAAAGUGUGGACGACCCCCCCCCCCCCCCCCCCAUAACAGAAUCGCCAUGGAGCUCUCCAUUUUACGGACGAUGAGAAAGCGGGUGGACGUAGAAGUUCUCAGAGGUAUUUUGUGCCCUACUUCGACCCCCCCCCUUUGAAAGAGCGGUGGAUGAACUCUUGGUUUCAAUGCAGCCACACUUUCUACAGACGGACUCCACUGACACCAAGCAGAGUUGAAAUCCCUGCCAUUCCCGUUUAUGACUGACGCGAGGACACAGAGAGAGAGAUAUGUUAGAGGUCCUUUCUGAAACGAGUGAAUGUGUCUGUAUAUAAGUGUGUGUACCGGCUAAAUCUUUGUGUAUAUACCGGAUAAAUGUGUAUAUAUGGUAUGUCCAUGUACAUAUACAGUUUGUUUGUAUAUGCAGAGUGUACAGUUAUUUUUUCCUCUAAUGUUUCUCUCUCUUUCUAUGAAUAGGUCUUCUACAAGUUACCGAUACUGAGGCAUGGAAAGGUUUUUCAAUGUCCUGACAGCUAUCAGAGGCACUUUGUUUGCAGACGUAGAGUAUCAGCCGGGUCUGUCCCUUACAGCUGCGUUCUCGAAGCUCUCCUACAAGAAGUAACUCACAUUAAUCUUAAGCUUGCACUCAUUUUCUGAUCGACUAAAAAGCUUUUCUAAGUAGAUUUUGGGUGACCAAGCAAUGUUUGUACAUACAUAGACUUAAGACAAUUUUUUUGUUUUCUUUUGUUUUCUUUCCGAAAACCUCCAUCAGCAUUUCUUUGGGAAAAAAUAACCUGUUUUUUUUUAGUUCAUGCGUAUCUGACUUUCACUUUAGGUUCCUAUGGUAUAUGUUUUCAGCGGUUGUCAUUCAGAUUUAUAUAUUUAUUCCGAUAACCCUUAUAUAUUUCUUGAAAUUUUGUUCCCCAAAUUCUGCCUCUCAUGGAGCCUUCUGGCCUUUUGCUGAGAAGCGGCUAGACUGGCAAACUCCUCCGUGAAAGUAUUCUGUCAUUACUUAACAUCGCUUGUUUUUGUAUAGGUCCUUACUAAAUCAGUGUGCCUCCCCUCCCCUUAUACUCUUACUAACCUUAGAUCCAUAACUGCACUGGUCACUCAUCUUCAUACCCCCUUGACAAGCCAUAGCCCCCCCCCCCCCCCCCUCCCAGAGAAACUCCUCUAUUGUUGUUUUGACAGGACAGACAUUUGGGGAUUUUGUGUAUAUUAAUGGAAGAGUGGUGUUGAAGAGUGUAUUGCAGUUGUAUAUGGAUUUGUUAUGAAUGUGGAUAUUCUGAUCAUUGAAUUAUUAUUGUAAUAAUGAUAAUAAUUAUUGCCACUUUGAUUUUGUUGAUUGGUUUCUUUUGAUGCGGGUUGAUGAAGAUGCCAUUGUUCCUUUUCUUUCUUUCUUUUCUUUUUUUUGGGGGGAGGGGGAUACACCGGAAAUUUAUAUUUUUCGGGUGGGUGAAUCUGGAGAU